UCAGGAGACCUGGUGAUUCUUGAUGGCACCCCAACUGCGGGAUGGCUGCAGGGCCGAAGCUGCUGGGGGGCCCGGGGCUUCUUCCCGUCUUCUUGCGUUCGUGAGCUCUGCCUCUCCUCCCAAAGCCGGCAGUGGCACUCACAAAGUGCCUCGCUUCAGAUUCCAGAAUACUCCAUGGGACAAGCACGGGCCCUCAUGGGGCUGUCUGCCCAGUUGGAUGAGGAACUGGACUUCAGGGAAGGAGAUGUGAUCACCAUUAUUGGAGUUCCCGAGCCAGGCUGGUUCGAAGGAGAAUUGGAGGGUCGGAGAGGCAUUUUCCCAGAAGGCUUUGUAGAGCUUUUGGGGCCCCUGAGGGUUGUGGAUGAGUCGGUAAAUUCUGGAAGUGGAGAUGACUGUGUUGCUAACGGCGAAGUAGACAUCUCCACAGGAGAAGUAGAAAGUGGGGCUGACGAGGCUGACCACCCGUCCGGGACCUAUGGACUGGCCCUCUACAGAUUCCAAGCCCUGGAGCCGAAUGAGUUGGAUUUUGACGUAGGGGAUAAAAUCCAAAUUCUGGGGACCUUGGAGGAUGGCUGGCUGGAAGGACGUUUGAAGGGCAGGACAGGUAUCUUUCCCCAUCGCUUCGUGAAGUUAUGUCCUAGCCCCAGGACAGAAGAAACCGUGGGUCUGCCCCAGGAAGACAGUCUCCCUAAGAACUCUGAAAGUUCUGUGGACGGGUUGGGGAACUCAGUGGUGGAGGAAGCAAGACUUGAACCAGAGACGUGUGAAGCAGAAAGGUGUGACUGGAGUCUGUCUGAACAACCCCAGGUCCCCCUAGAUCGUGGGGUCCCUGAGUGUGCUGUAAGCGAGGACUCUGGUCAAAGUGAAGAAGCCUUUGGAAGCUCCCCAGGUGUGGAUCCUGAAAGGCCUCUUGUUAAAGACUCUUCCACACCUGACCCCUCAGAGAUAGUCAAUGGUAUUUCUUCCCAGCCUUGGGUACCUGGUCACCCCAAAGUGCAAAAAAGUCAGUGUUCCUCAACAGCAAGAGGGAGCCACCAAAGCUCAGCCCCAUCCGCUGAGUUUGUCCCUCUAGAAGCCUGGACUAGAGACUACUCCAGCCUGCCUCCCAAGAGGACAUAUGCCCAGUGCAGGUCCCUCGGGAAGCCAGCACCCCCACUUCACAGGGCCUCCUCCCUCUCGGCCUCAAGGAUAGCCAGACCUAGCUACUUUUGCCAUCCGGUUAUGACCAGCUAUUCUCAGAGGCACCAAACAUCUGCAGAAAACGCCUCCAGCCUCUACUCUGCACCAGGGAGACCAGAGAGGAGGCCUGGGCCACCAGACAAGGGGCCCACCACAGAGGUAGCCACAGCGUCACAGGGGGACAGCAUCGACCUGGAUUCCAAGUUGACCCAACAGCUGAUGGAAUUUGAGAAGAGCACAGAGCUGGAUAAAAUUGCACGCCGCUUUUCAAUCAUGGACUUUAACUCUGAGAAGGAUAUUGUCAGAGGCUCCUCAAAGUUACUGUCCUCACAGGAUCUCCCCGAGAGGAGAAAGGCCCUGAGGCCGCCGCCGCCCAGACCCUGUACCCCAACACUCGUUUCUCCCCACUUGCUGCUUGACCAGAGCCCAAAACCUACACCCCCUUUGGCUGUGCGGCCCUCCCGCCCUGCUCCCCUGCCUCCUUCCACACAGCCGAGGGUGAACACAGCUUCCCCCAAGCCCACCCCCGGUGCCCACCCCAGUUGGGAGGCCCCAGAGAAGGAGUGCCCCGAGCACAUGGAGCAGAGCCCAGCCCAGACUUCUCCGUGCCCCUCUGUGCUGGCGAGGAUUCAGGAUGUGGAACACGACUUGGACAUGUACACCAGGGCUCAGGAAGAGCUGAGCUUGAUGUUAGGGGAAAGGCACGGUGACUUGCUGAGGGCGGAGACUCUGGGGAAUCUCAAGUUCUACGAGAGCACCAUCCAGAGUCUGACCCUGGAGCUCCAGCAGCUGAGAGGUAAGUGAAGGAAGCCGCGUGACCCUGACU